AUGGCCGAAUCCUCGAGGCUUCAGACACCUAGCCGUUCAAAUCGCUCUGGCGAAGCGUCACCGUCAUUUGCGCAGACCACGGCCGAGUUCAGUCUCGACAGCGACCUCGAUUUCGACCCUGACGACGACGAUGAUGAUGUCGAGGACUUGCAUUUGCAUGAGGCACAGCUUGGCGGUGGCCAGGCCUACGAGCUGAAGAGCCUAAGUGCAUCACCUGCGAAGGAUACUGACGACGGAUGGGGUGAUGAAGUGACGUCGCUGCGGAGAAGAGCUAGCACCAGCACCGUCGCGAGCUUCCAGCUUUACACCCCUGACGAGGAGAGCCCCUCCUCUCCAGAUAUUGGCAAUGCGCGCAUAGCUGGUAUGGACGAGGAUCUGCAGACGAAUCCUCCGUGGGACGGUUGGUAUGAGUGGACAUUGACGGCCUUCUAUAUCUCGUACAUCUUCUUUGAGUGGAUGUCGCUGUUAUGGAAGCUCAUCCCUGCCCACAUAUACGUCUCCAUGAUUGUCCUCUCAUGGGGACUGACUGCCUCGCUGCAGUCCGUCUCCGUCUCGUACCCUACGCUCAUUUUCCUUCGGGUUUUGCUGGGUAUCGGAGAGGCCGGCUUCACAGGCAUACCGUUCUACCUAUCCUUCUUCUUCAAACGAGAGGAACUAGCAUUUCGUACCGCUAUAUUCAUCUCUGCCGCGCCGUUGGCAACAACAUUCGCAUCGUCCUUGGCUUGGCUCAUCACCAACUAUGCAGAGGCUGGACCCAUAGCCCCUUGGCGUCUCUUGUUCCUCGUCGAGGGCUUCCCAUCCGUUCUCGCCGCCGUAGCCGCGUGGCACAUCAUUCCCGAUAGCCCGGAUACGGCGCGUUAUCUCACUGCGCGGGAGCAAAAGGUGGCUCGCCUUCGACUUCGACGCGAGAAGCCGCGCCAGAAGAAACAUGGGGGAAAGGGUCAUAGCAAUCUCAACCUUGGUGAAGUGUUUGCUGUCUUGUGCGAUCCCAUGGCGUUGCUGACCGCGGCCAUGUUCUUUCUUACCAACAUGGCGUACUCCUCCUUACCCGUAUUCCUGCCCAAGAUCCUCACCGAGAUGGGCCACUCUCGCCUCGCAUCGCAAGGCCUUAGUGCUCCUCCAUACUUCCUGGCCUUUCUUGCCGUACUUUUCACAGCGCAUCUAUCGGAUCGGGCGCAAACCCGGUCCAUUCCCAUCAUACUGCAUGCCCUCGCAUCGGCCGGCGGAUACGCCGCGCUCGCCCUAGCAAAGCCUAUCGGUCUCUCGCCAUUGCUGCGGUAUCUCGCAGUGUACCCGGCGGCCAUUGGCUUCUUCAACGUCGUAACGCUCACCGUGGCAUGGAGCAUCAAUAACCAAGCGUCCGAGAGUAGGCAGGGCGGGGGGUUCGCCCUGAUGCAGAUUAUUGGGCAAUGCGGACCGCUUGUGGGGACGAGGUUGUACCCGGAUCGAGACGCACCUUUCUAUGCGCCUGGGAUGCAGACCUGCGCGGGUGCGAUGCUCGCCGUGGCUGUCUUGGCGCUGUCUCUGAGGUUCUACCUCUCCUACUUGAACCGCAAGACAGACGUCGCUUGCGCCGUUGGUAGCGAAGCCGAAGAAGAGGAGGGCUUGGUGGGAUCUGGGGGCCGUAAGAGGACGGCCAGCGAGGGGUUUCGAUACAUGCUGUAA